AUGGAACAAAUUACACAGCCCGAACAACAGCCCAAUCGCAAUAACAGACAAACCAAUUGGAUUAUACAGUUGAUAUUUCAGUUAAUAAUACUGCGUGUGAUCUUUUCGUUGUUUUCGAAUUAUAAGAAGAACUCGCCACUAAACCAAACUGAAGUACUCAAAACAUUCAAAAAUUACCUCAAACCAGAUGAACUCUUCGAUGUGUAUGGAGUUAUAACGAAUGAUAUAAGGAUAGAUUUGGAAAAUAUUGAGCCAAGCCAGAUUGUGUAUAGGAACGAGAAUAAAUCGUAUUUUUACAAGAGAAACGCACCUUUCGAGCCGUUUAACCUCAAAUACAAACCCUCGCAGAAAUUUCUUAAAGAUAAACAUGAUAAACUAUUCCUCACAGUCUUUAUUAUUCCUCAUAAAGCCUAUCAACACAAACAUGCUGAAUUCAAUAAAAGCACUUUUAAAGAAGGCAUGGAAGGACAUUAUAUAUUGAAAACAGUGCCGUUGACAAGGUAUAAAAAGAAUGUAAAACAGUCGGCAGUGAGUUUGAUGAAUUCGGAAACGAGUGUGGAAAAGGUUAGAGGAGAUGAAGAAGUUAAGUACUGGGUUCCGAGAGUUGAUGUGAACUUAGUCUAUGACGAUAAGGAGCAUUUGCAGGUGAAAAAUGAUCCAUACUUUGAUACAUUCACUAAAUAUUACGAAUAUCAUCUGUAUGACCCUGUGUUAUACCUGUCACAAUUUUGGGUAUUGGAGGAACAUUUGGUGCCAAUACUCGUAGAUAGUGACAGUGUGAAUAAUGGUAAAACUGAAAGAUAUAACCCUGCAAAAGUGUUUAAAGAAAUAGAGUAUGAAAAGAAUUUAUUUCUCAAUAGUUUUGUAACUGAUCCUAAUCUUUCCCCUUCCAAUAAUCUGCAACAAAUCAAUUCACUCUUUAAUAACACUGUAAAUACUCUAAAUAGUGGUGAUAGUGUUAAGGAUACUGAUAAGAUUGAUGUGGAAGAGGAAAUGAAAAAAUUAAAUAUGGCUGUAGAUGAUGUUGAUCGUGGAUUAAUUGAGGGUGUAGUAGAUAAUGGACUGGUCAAAAAAGAACAUGAAAGUUUAAUUAGUGAUGUUGUGGAGUUGGAUAUUUUGAUAAAUUUUAGUAUAUGCUCGCCAAUGUAUUAUAUGUUUAUGAGCCAAAUGAAUGUAAAUAAGAAUAUCUUGGGAAUUGAUAACACUAAAGAAUUGGAUACCAUCAAGAAAAUGUUAUUGAAUACCUCACCCUAUUAUUUAGUUUUUUCAUUUGUUUUCAUAUUAUUACAUUCGAUCUUCUCAAUGUUUGCUUUUAAAAACGAUAUACAAUUUUGGAUAAACAAUAAAUCAAUGGAAGGAUUGUCGACAAUAACUUUAGUAAUAAACUUGGUUUCAGAGGUUAGUAUUCCAAAUCUUACCAGCUACUUUAGAGAAUUAGGAUUUAUUAACACUAGCUAUAUAAUAAUAAUCGCGUUGUACGUGUACGAUGAUGAGAACCGCUCGUACAUGAUUCUGUUUGAGAUUCUCUUGAACAUCUUCUCAUCGUUCUGGAAACUCACCAAGGCAAUCAAGGUCAAAUUCCACCCAUUUUACCCUUUCAUCACCAUCUCACACACAACAAAUCGCAAUAAAAUACAUGUCGAUGUUAUUAACACCCUGCGUAACUCAUUAGAAUAUACCAAUUUUAGUUAUAUAUAUAUAUAUAUUCCAUAUUGGGGGAUAAUCACAAGUCGUGGUAUUCAUAUUUUAUCUCAGUUUUGGCUGGAUCAGUCUAUACUUUUGGUAAUGAAUUAUUUUACAGUUUAUUUAUUUAGUUAUACUAAAUUAUAUGAUUUAGGAUUUAUAAUGAUGACACCUCAAUUGUACAUAAACUACAGACUAAAGUCUGUUGAGCAUCUCCCUUGGAGAGCACUUAUCUACAGAUCACUGAAUACUUUUGUGGACGAUGUGGCGUCAUUCUUAAUUGAUAUGCCAAUGCUUCAUAGGUUGUCCUGUUUCAGAGACGACAUCAUCUUCUUCUGCUAUCUCUACCAGAGAUGGAAAUAUAAAGUCGAUCCAAACAGAACAAUACAUAAAACAAAUGAUACUAAUGCUAUAGAAAAUACUCCUAACACGACUGAUAAUGGUGGUAACACCGUUGAUGAUGGUAACAAGACCCAAGAGUUGGCUGAUAAUAAUGUAAAGGAUAAUAAUGAAGGAUCGGAUGAAAAGGAGUUGGAAAGUGUAAGAAGAAGAAAUUAA